AUGGCAAGGGCUGAUCGUCUGGAUGCUCAUACGACUUGUGCUGAACUCAUGGACUCUAACUUCAACGUGGUUUGCUCUCGCGUUACUUUCCGCUUUAUGGAAGUCUGCAGUGGUGGCAGCGGCGGCACGGCUUCGAUGACUAUCGCGGAGAAGGAGUACGCGAGUAGGCUGAUUGAUGGUAUGGUCAUGGAGGCUGGCUCGAAGCCUCGGAGUGAGCUCUUCUGGCAACGCCUCCUCGACAUACUCCUGUACAUUGUCAAGCAUGCCCUAUGUGAGGCUGUUGAAAUAUCGCAGGUUUACGGUGCAUUUUGUGACCAACUCGUGGGUCAAGACAGUUUGCCUGAGGCGCUAUCGUGGGCGGUUGGAAAAUGGCGUCACGAGAGCGGCGAGGUUGACGACUGGGUUGCCGAGGCGGCCAUCAGAGCCAUUGACUCAGCAGAUGCCUUGCGGUAUGACAUUGGUAUCGAACGAGCCCGACGGCUGUUGAAGCUUGGUGAAACUUCGCGCGCCCGGAAAUUGUCAGGGUUGCUGGACAUAUGUGCGUUGGUUUUCGACCUCUUAUCGUAUAGGGAGUACAAGGGCCCUGGCAUUGGGGGAAAGUUGGUCGGGCAAGCGGUGAACGUCGUGUUGAAGGCGACAGCACCGAAUGCUCGGGCUUCCUUCCGAGACUUUGCGUUUUCUACUCCUCAUGAUAUCAGAAUGCUUCUGGCCACUCACACUCCUGACGAGGCAGCUUUCAAGUUGCUCAAUGCAGUAGUGGCUUAUAAUUCUCAAUCGUUGGGCAACAGUGAGGGCCUGAGGGAACUAAGUGAGAGUAUUAGUUAUCGAUCUUGGUCUCGAGGGGGUCUGUUGCUGGUAUGUCAAUAUAGCUUAUCGGAUCAACGGCUUGCUGAGGCGGUAGAGUAUAUUGAACAGCUCCAGGAGGCUGGGUAUGGCAAUUGUUGGCGACUCGCUGCUGCUGUUAUUCAAAGUGGUGGAGUUGUGGAGAGCGAUGAACUCAAGGAUAUGAGUCGGAUGAUCGCUGAUGGCGCCACGACGUGCAGCGAGGAUGAUGUUUUUGAUGUUAUUGAGGCAGUGAGAGCGACAAGCCAAUAUUUAAAGUCGGAAGCUGGCAUUAAUUUGCCGUUACUCUCGGAUGACGCGGAAUGGGCGGAGACUAUUCCGGACUGGCCACCGAAGAACUUCCAGGAUCUCAAGGUUGACUACACCCUCCCAGGUUCGAUCCUCGGUGGGGGCAUUUUUUCACAGGAGGGCUGUGAUGUGUCUCGACUAGGGGACCUGUGUACGACAGUGAGGGAUAUGCCGCAGAGUUCAGUCUUAUCAGAAUACUCGAUAUCACGGGAUGGUCUCAUCGUGGACGCCGCCAUGGGCCUUCUUGCUGACGAUAUCGAGAUUGCUGGUAUGUUACUAAGGCUUGGGUCUCGUCCUGUGGAGGUUGAUGAUAAGCUGCUGUGUCCAGUUCUGAACAGCGAUGUGAUCUCACUCACCGAUAAAAGGCGCGUAGUGGCUUUCGUGAAGUCCCUUAGUGUUCCGGGAUCUCCACGAGCAGUUAGACUGGAGCUUAUCGUGAAGUUACUAGAGCGUUGUGUGCCGUUGAAGGCCGAGUACCGCUACCUCUCGGUUGCCCAUCUGGCAGGGGAUGAGGACUAUCGGGAGGCUGUAAUGUUGCGGAUAUCACGCCAAAGGGCGGCUGCUCAUCGGGAGGGUCUAGGGGUCAGCGGUGAGCUCCAGAGGGCGCUGGCUGUGCUGGCCCAGCUUGAUGGUGACGAUGAGAUCCCUGAUGAUUCUGACUCGGAGUUUUGCGAUGAUGUGAGCACUCCGUCGGGCAGUGGGGACUGGGAAGGGAUGCUGGACGGCAACGAGGAGGACCUUGUGGCACGACUUGACGACCCUGAAUUCAUAGAAAAAGUCGCUGGCAAUAACAACAGUGUAGAGAGCAACCAUCGUAAUUAUAACAGGACCGUUGCGGUGUUGGCUUUGGAACAGUUGUGUACUCUUCUUACUACUAAUAUUGGUGAUACUACUUGUGACAGUGCUGCGAUGAGACUCCUUUCGAAGUGUAUUGAGCUGCCAGAUUUACUCGAGGAGAGGCUCAAAGCAACAAUCGCCGAGUUGGCAUCGAGGGAAACCCACAGGCGCGAGGAUGAGGAGAAGUUGUUGAACCGGUAUUUCCUGGCGAGGAAAUUACUGGAUAUAGUCGUUUGUGGCGGAGGUCAGCUGACAGAGACAUUGGUACGGUUGCACACGCUGCUGCCAGGCCUCAACGUGAGGCGGCUACCAUUGAGCGCUGAGAGCGUGCUGAAGGAAUGCAGGGGGUCUCUAUCGGUGGUGGCGGAAAUUUGUGUUGUAGUCGAUGGAGUCAUCGGGCUGGGGUUCGAGGCUACCCAGCUGGCUGAACUGGCCCUCCGGCGGAAGAGUGUCUUCGAAAAGAUCCCUGCAUUGUUGAGGCCCUACUUGAGUGGUCAGCUGGAAGGCGACAGUGCGGAGGCAUCGCUGGGGGAAAACGAUUGGGACUUUGACGAAGUCGGGAACGAUGGUGGUUGGGACGACGAGCUGAGGGAGAAACCUGAUGAGGUCGGUGAAGGUGACGAUGAAAGUAUCUUUGCGGACGACCCCGAUGGUUGGGACUUCUAG